AUGUCAUGGGUUCUUAAUGUCAGUAAAGUUGUGACACAUCUUGAUCUGUCAUAUAAUUCUUUGCAACAUAGUAUUCCAGAUGGCUUUGCAAACAUGAUUUCUCAUCUUCAAUAUCUACAUCUCUCGUUUAAUGAGUUGGAUGAGUUGUUGGAUCUCAGUUCUAACCCAUUCAGUAGGGGGUCACUUCCUGAUUUUUCAAGCCUUUCAUCCUUGAAUACAUUAUCACUUGCAAAUACCAAUAUUGUUGGGGAAUUAUCAUUUGGUCACUUGCCGGAUCAUCUUGAAGCUUUGGAUCUCAGUUUUAACCAAUUGAGUGGAUCAAUGCCAUCAUUCGAUGUUGGUAAACUUGCUUCAUUACAAGAAUUAGAUCUUUCCAACAAUCAGUUGAAUGGGACACUUCCAAUUAAUAUUGGACAACUUUCUAAUCUUGUACGUUUGUCUAUCACUUCAAACAAAUUGAAUGGUGUCAUUAAUGAGUCUCAUCUAUCAAACUUGUCUAAACUGGAAUAUUUGCAAGUGUCCCAAAAUUCGCUUUCAUUUGACUUUAGUUCCAAUUGGGUUCCACCUUUCCAACUGACUUACUUAUACACAACAUCAUGCAUUUUGGGUCCCAAAUUUCCAGCGUGGAUAAAGCAUCAAAGGGAACUUACUGCAUUGCAAAUAUCCAAUAGUGGUAUUUCAGAUUCAUUUCCCGAAUGGUUUUGGAACCUAUCUUUAAGUUUGCUAUACUUGAAUGUUUCACACAACCAACUUAUUGGAACCUUAUCAAAAUCAUUGCUACAUAUGAAAACAAGACCCUGGAGUGUAUGGGAUUUAAGAUCUAUAUUCCCUCUUUCUAUCAAAUAA